AUGUGCUUCUUCCUCUCUUGUCGCUGCCAUGUGCUUCUUCCUCUCUUGUCGCUGCCAUGUGCUUCUUCCUCUCUUGUCGCUGCCAUGUGCUUCUUCCUCUCUUGUCGCUGCCAUGUGCUUCUUCCUCUCUUGUCGCUGCCAUGUGCUUCUUCCUCUCUUGUCGCUGCCAUGUGCUUCUUCCUCUCUUGUCGCUGCCAUGUGCUUCUUCCUCUCUUGUCGCUGCCAUGUGCUUCUUCCUCUCUUGUCGCUGCCAUGUGCUUCUUCCUCUCUUGUCGCUGCCAUGUGCUUCUUCCUCUCUUGUCGCUGCCAUGUGCUUCUUCCUCUCUUGUCGCUGCCAUGUGCUUCUUCCUCUCUUGUCGCUGCCAUGUGCUUCUUCCUCUCUUGUCGCUGCCAUGUGCUUCUUCCUCUCUUGUCGCUGCCAUGUGCUUCUUCCUCUCUUGUCGCUGCCAUGUGCUUCUUCCUCUCUUGUCGCUGCCAUGUGCUUCUUCCUCUCUUGUCGCUGCCAUGUGCUUCUUCCUCUCUUGUCGCUGCCAUGUGCUUCUUCCUCUCUUGUCGCUGCCAUGUGCUUCUUCCUCUCUUGUCGCUGCCAUGUGCUUCUUCCUCUCUUGUCGCUGCCAUGUGCUUCUUCCUCUCUUGUCGCUGCCAUGUGCUUCUUCCUCUCUUGUCGCUGCCAUGUGCUUCUUCCUCUCUUGUCGCUGCCAUGUGCUUCUUCCUCUCUUGUCGCUGCCAUGUGCUUCUUCCUCUCUUGUCGCUGCCAUGUGCUUCUUCCUCUCUUGUCGCUGCCAUGUGCUUCUUCCUCUCUUGUCGCUGCCAUGUGCUUCUUCCUCUCUUGUCGCUGCCAUGUGCUUCUUCCUCUCUUGUCGCUGCCAUGUGCUUCUUCCUCUCUUGUCGCUGCCAUGUGCUUCUUCCUCUCUUGUCGCUGCCAUGUGCUUCUUCCUCUCUUGUCGCUGCCAUGUGCUUCUUCCUCUCUUGUCGCUGCCAUGUGCUUCUUCCUCUCUUGUCGCUGCCAUGUGCUUCUUCCUCUCUUGUCGCUGCCAUGUGCUUCUUCCUCUCUUGUCGCUGCCAUGUGCUUCUUCCUCUCUUGUCGCUGCCAUGUGCUUCUUCCUCUCUUGUCGCUGCCAUGUGCUUCUUCCUCUCUUGUCGCUGCCAUGUGCUUCUUCCUCUCUUGUCGCUGCCAUGUGCUUCUUCCUCUCUUGUCGCUGCCAUGUGCUUCUUCCUCUCUUGUCGCUGCCAUGUGCUUCUUCCUCUCUUGUCGCUGCCAUGUGCUUCUUCCUCUCUUGUCGCUGCCAUGUGCUUCUUCCUCUCUUGUCGCUGCCAUGUGCUUCUUCCUCUCUUGUCGCUGCCAUGUGCUUCUUCCUCUCUUGUCGCUGCCAUGUGCUUCUUCCUCUCUUGUCGCUGCCAUGUGCUUCUUCCUCUCUUGUCGCUGCCAUGUGCUUCUUCCUCUCUUGUCGCUGCCAUGUGCUUCUUCCUCUCUUGUCGCUGCCAUGUGCUUCUUCCUCUCUUGUCGCUGCCAUGUGCUUCUUCCUCUCUUGUCGCUGCCAUGUGCUUCUUCCUCUCUUGUCGCUGCCAUGUGCUUCUUCCUCUCUUGUCGCUGCCAUGUGCUUCUUCCUCUCUUGUCGCUGCCAUGUGCUUCUUCCUCUCUUGUCGCUGCCAUGUGCUUCUUCCUCUCUUGUCGCUGCCAUGUGCUUCUUCCUCUCUUGUCGCUGCCAUGUGCUUCUUCCUCUCUUGUCGCUGCCAUGUGCUUCUUCCUCUCUUGUCGCUGCCAUGUGCUUCUUCCUCUCUUGUCGCUGCCAUGUGCUUCUUCCUCUCUUGUCGCUGCCAUGUGCUUCUUCCUCUCUUGUCGCUGCCAUGUGCUUCUUCCUCUCUUGUCGCUGCCAUGUGCUUCUUCCUCUCUUGUCGCUGCCAUGUGCUUCUUCCUCUCUUGUCGCUGCCAUGUGCUUCUUCCUCUCUUGUCGCUGCCAUGUGCUUCUUCCUCUCUUGUCGCUGCCAUGUGCUUCUUCCUCUCUUGUCGCUGCCAUGUGCUUCUUCCUCUCUUGUCGCUGCCAUGUGCUUCUUCCUCUCUUGUCGCUGCCAUGUGCUUCUUCCUCUCUUGUCGCUGCCAUGUGCUUCUUCCUCUCUUGUCGCUGCCAUGUGCUUCUUCCUCUCUUGUCGCUGCCAUGUGCUUCUUCCUCUCUUGUCGCUGCCAUGUGCUUCUUCCUCUCUUGUCGCUGCCAUGUGCUUCUUCCUCUCUUGUCGCUGCCAUGUGCUUCUUCCUCUCUUGUCGCUGCCAUGUGCUUCUUCCUCUCUUGUCGCUGCCAUGUGCUUCUUCCUCUCUUGUCGCUGCCAUGUGCUUCUUCCUCUCUUGUCGCUGCCAUGUGCUUCUUCCUCUCUUGUCGCUGCCAUGUGCUUCUUCCUCUCUUGUCGCUGCCAUGUGCUUCUUCCUCUCUUGUCGCUGCCAUGUGCUUCUUCCUCUCUUGUCGCUGCCAUGUGCUUCUUCCUCUCUUGUCGCUGCCAUGUGCUUCUUCCUCUCUUGUCGCUGCCAUGUGCUUCUUCCUCUCUUGUCGCUGCCAUGUGCUUCUUCCUCUCUUGUCGCUGCCAUGUGCUUCUUCCUCUCUUGUCGCUGCCAUGUGCUUCUUCCUCUCUUGUCGCUGCCAUGUGCUUCUUCCUCUCUUGUCGCUGCCAUGUGCUUCUUCCUCUCUUGUCGCUGCCAUGUGCUUCUUCCUCUCUUGUCGCUGCCAUGUGCUUCUUCCUCUCUUGUCGCUGCCAUGUGCUUCUUCCUCUCUUGUCGCUGCCAUGUGCUUCUUCCUCUCUUGUCGCUGCCAUGUGCUUCUUCCUCUCUUGUCGCUGCCAUGUGCUUCUUCCUCUCUUGUCGCUGCCAUGUGCUUCUUCCUCUCUUGUCGCUGCCAUGUGCUUCUUCCUCUCUUGUCGCUGCCAUGUGCUUCUUCCUCUCUUGUCGCUGCCAUGUGCUUCUUCCUCUCUUGUCGCUGCCAUGUGCUUCUUCCUCUCUUGUCGCUGCCAUGUGCUUCUUCCUCUCUUGUCGCUGCCAUGUGCUUCUUCCUCUCUUGUCGCUGCCAUGUGCUUCUUCCUCUCUUGUCGCUGCCAUGUGCUUCUUCCUCUCUUGUCGCUGCCAUGUGCUUCUUCCUCUCUUGUCGCUGCCAUGUGCUUCUUCCUCUCUUGUCGCUGCCAUGUGCUUCUUCCUCUCUUGUCGCUGCCAUGUGCUUCUUCCUCUCUUGUCGCUGCCAUGUGCUUCUUCCUCUCUUGUCGCUGCCAUGUGCUUCUUCCUCUCUUGUCGCUGCCAUGUGCUUCUUCCUCUCUUGUCGCUGCCAUGUGCUUCUUCCUCUCUUGUCGCUGCCAUGUGCUUCUUCCUCUCUUGUCGCUGCCAUGUGCUUCUUCCUCUCUUGUCGCUGCCAUGUGCUUCUUCCUCUCUUGUCGCUGCCAUGUGCUUCUUCCUCUCUUGUCGCUGCCAUGUGCUUCUUCCUCUCUUGUCGCUGCCAUGUGCUUCUUCCUCUCUUGUCGCUGCCAUGUGCUUCUUCCUCUCUUGUCGCUGCCAUGUGCUUCUUCCUCUCUUGUCGCUGCCAUGUGCUUCUUCCUCUCUUGUCGCUGCCAUGUGCUUCUUCCUCUCUUGUCGCUGCCAUGUGCUUCUUCCUCUCUUGUCGCUGCCAUGUGCUUCUUCCUCUCUUGUCGCUGCCAUGUGCUUCUUCCUCUCUUGUCGCUGCCAUGUGCUUCUUCCUCUCUUGUCGCUGCCAUGUGCUUCUUCCUCUCUUGUCGCUGCCAUGUGCUUCUUCCUCUCUUGUCGCUGCCAUGUGCUUCUUCCUCUCUUGUCGCUGCCAUGUGCUUCUUCCUCUCUUGUCGCUGCCAUGUGCUUCUUCCUCUCUUGUCGCUGCCAUGUGCUUCUUCCUCUCUUGUCGCUGCCAUGUGCUUCUUCCUCUCUUGUCGCUGCCAUGUGCUUCUUCCUCUCUUGUCGCUGCCAUGUGCUUCUUCCUCUCUUGUCGCUGCCAUGUGCUUCUUCCUCUCUUGUCGCUGCCAUGUGCUUCUUCCUCUCUUGUCGCUGCCAUGUGCUUCUUCCUCUCUUGUCGCUGCCAUGUGCUUCUUCCUCUCUUGUCGCUGCCAUGUGCUUCUUCCUCUCUUGUCGCUGCCAUGUGCUUCUUCCUCUCUUGUCGCUGCCAUGUGCUUCUUCCUCUCUUGUCGCUGCCAUGUGCUUCUUCCUCUCUUGUCGCUGCCAUGUGCUUCUUCCUCUCUUGUCGCUGCCAUGUGCUUCUUCCUCUCUUGUCGCUGCCAUGUGCUUCUUCCUCUCUUGUCGCUGCCAUGUGCUUCUUCCUCUCUUGUCGCUGCCAUGUGCUUCUUCCUCUCUUGUCGCUGCCAUGUGCUUCUUCCUCUCUUGUCGCUGCCAUGUGCUUCUUCCUCUCUUGUCGCUGCCAUGUGCUUCUUCCUCUCUUGUCGCUGCCAUGUGCUUCUUCCUCUCUUGUCGCUGCCAUGUGCUUCUUCCUCUCUUGUCGCUGCCAUGUGCUUCUUCCUCUCUUGUCGCUGCCAUGUGCUUCUUCCUCUCUUGUCGCUGCCAUGUGCUUCUUCCUCUCUUGUCGCUGCCAUGUGCUUCUUCCUCUCUUGUCGCUGCCAUGUGCUUCUUCCUCUCUUGUCGCUGCCAUGUGCUUCUUCCUCUCUUGUCGCUGCCAUGUGCUUCUUCCUCUCUUGUCGCUGCCAUGUGCUUCUUCCUCUCUUGUCGCUGCCAUGUGCUUCUUCCUCUCUUGUCGCUGCCAUGUGCUUCUUCCUCUCUUGUCGCUGCCAUGUGCUUCUUCCUCUCUUGUCGCUGCCAUGUGCUUCUUCCUCUCUUGUCGCUGCCAUGUGCUUCUUCCUCUCUUGUCGCUGCCAUGUGCUUCUUCCUCUCUUGUCGCUGCCAUGUGCUUCUUCCUCUCUUGUCGCUGCCAUGUGCUUCUUCCUCUCUUGUCGCUGCCAUGUGCUUCUUCCUCUCUUGUCGCUGCCAUGUGCUUCUUCCUCUCUUGUCGCUGCCAUGUGCUUCUUCCUCUCUUGUCGCUGCCAUGUGCUUCUUCCUCUCUUGUCGCUGCCAUGUGCUUCUUCCUCUCUUGUCGCUGCCAUGUGCUUCUUCCUCUCUUGUCGCUGCCAUGUGCUUCUUCCUCUCUUGUCGCUGCCAUGUGCUUCUUCCUCUCUUGUCGCUGCCAUGUGCUUCUUCCUCUCUUGUCGCUGCCAUGUGCUUCUUCCUCUCUUGUCGCUGCCAUGUGCUUCUUCCUCUCUUGUCGCUGCCAUGUGCUUCUUCCUCUCUUGUCGCUGCCAUGUGCUUCUUCCUCUCUUGUCGCUGCCAUGUGCUUCUUCCUCUCUUGUCGCUGCCAUGUGCUUCUUCCUCUCUUGUCGCUGCCAUGUGCUUCUUCCUCUCUUGUCGCUGCCAUGUGCUUCUUCCUCUCUUGUCGCUGCCAUGUGCUUCUUCCUCUCUUGUCGCUGCCAUGUGCUUCUUCCUCUCUUGUCGCUGCCAUGUGCUUCUUCCUCUCUUGUCGCUGCCAUGUGCUUCUUCCUCUCUUGUCGCUGCCAUGUGCUUCUUCCUCUCUUGUCGCUGCCAUGUGCUUCUUCCUCUCUUGUCGCUGCCAUGUGCUUCUUCCUCUCUUGUCGCUGCCAUGUGCUUCUUCCUCUCUUGUCGCUGCCAUGUGCUUCUUCCUCUCUUGUCGCUGCCAUGUGCUUCUUCCUCUCUUGUCGCUGCCAUGUGCUUCUUCCUCUCUUGUCGCUGCCAUGUGCUUCUUCCUCUCUUGUCGCUGCCAUGUGCUUCUUCCUCUCUUGUCGCUGCCAUGUGCUUCUUCCUCUCUUGUCGCUGCCAUGUGCUUCUUCCUCUCUUGUCGCUGCCAUGUGCUUCUUCCUCUCUUGUCGCUGCCAUGUGCUUCUUCCUCUCUUGUCGCUGCCAUGUGCUUCUUCCUCUCUUGUCGCUGCCAUGUGCUUCUUCCUCUCUUGUCGCUGCCAUGUGCUUCUUCCUCUCUUGUCGCUGCCAUGUGCUUCUUCCUCUCUUGUCGCUGCCAUGUGCUUCUUCCUCUCUUGUCGCUGCCAUGUGCUUCUUCCUCUCUUGUCGCUGCCAUGUGCUUCUUCCUCUCUUGUCGCUGCCAUGUGCUUCUUCCUCUCUUGUCGCUGCCAUGUGCUUCUUCCUCUCUUGUCGCUGCCAUGUGCUUCUUCCUCUCUUGUCGCUGCCAUGUGCUUCUUCCUCUCUUGUCGCUGCCAUGUGCUUCUUCCUCUCUUGUCGCUGCCAUGUGCUUCUUCCUCUCUUGUCGCUGCCAUGUGCUUCUUCCUCUCUUGUCGCUGCCAUGUGCUUCUUCCUCUCUUGUCGCUGCCAUGUGCUUCUUCCUCUCUUGUCGCUGCCAUGUGCUUCUUCCUCUCUUGUCGCUGCCAUGUGCUUCUUCCUCUCUUGUCGCUGCCAUGUGCUUCUUCCUCUCUUGUCGCUGCCAUGUGCUUCUUCCUCUCUUGUCGCUGCCAUGUGCUUCUUCCUCUCUUGUCGCUGCCAUGUGCUUCUUCCUCUCUUGUCGCUGCCAUGUGCUUCUUCCUCUCUUGUCGCUGCCAUGUGCUUCUUCCUCUCUUGUCGCUGCCAUGUGCUUCUUCCUCUCUUGUCGCUGCCAUGUGCUUCUUCCUCUCUUGUCGCUGCCAUGUGCUUCUUCCUCUCUUGUCGCUGCCAUGUGCUUCUUCCUCUCUUGUCGCUGCCAUGUGCUUCUUCCUCUCUUGUCGCUGCCAUGUGCUUCUUCCUCUCUUGUCGCUGCCAUGUGCUUCUUCCUCUCUUGUCGCUGCCAUGUGCUUCUUCCUCUCUUGUCGCUGCCAUGUGCUUCUUCCUCUCUUGUCGCUGCCAUGUGCUUCUUCCUCUCUUGUCGCUGCCAUGUGCUUCUUCCUCUCUUGUCGCUGCCAUGUGCUUCUUCCUCUCUUGUCGCUGCCAUGUGCUUCUUCCUCUCUUGUCGCUGCCAUGUGCUUCUUCCUCUCUUGUCGCUGCCAUGUGCUUCUUCCUCUCUUGUCGCUGCCAUGUGCUUCUUCCUCUCUUGUCGCUGCCAUGUGCUUCUUCCUCUCUUGUCGCUGCCAUGUGCUUCUUCCUCUCUUGUCGCUGCCAUGUGCUUCUUCCUCUCUUGUCGCUGCCAUGUGCUUCUUCCUCUCUUGUCGCUGCCAUGUGCUUCUUCCUCUCUUGUCGCUGCCAUGUGCUUCUUCCUCUCUUGUCGCUGCCAUGUGCUUCUUCCUCUCUUGUCGCUGCCAUGUGCUUCUUCCUCUCUUGUCGCUGCCAUGUGCUUCUUCCUCUCUUGUCGCUGCCAUGUGCUUCUUCCUCUCUUGUCGCUGCCAUGUGCUUCUUCCUCUCUUGUCGCUGCCAUGUGCUUCUUCCUCUCUUGUCGCUGCCAUGUGCUUCUUCCUCUCUUGUCGCUGCCAUGUGCUUCUUCCUCUCUUGUCGCUGCCAUGUGCUUCUUCCUCUCUUGUCGCUGCCAUGUGCUUCUUCCUCUCUUGUCGCUGCCAUGUGCUUCUUCCUCUCUUGUCGCUGCCAUGUGCUUCUUCCUCUCUUGUCGCUGCCAUGUGCUUCUUCCUCUCUUGUCGCUGCCAUGUGCUUCUUCCUCUCUUGUCGCUGCCAUGUGCUUCUUCCUCUCUUGUCGCUGCCAUGUGCUUCUUCCUCUCUUGUCGCUGCCAUGUGCUUCUUCCUCUCUUGUCGCUGCCAUGUGCUUCUUCCUCUCUUGUCGCUGCCAUGUGCUUCUUCCUCUCUUGUCGCUGCCAUGUGCUUCUUCCUCUCUUGUCGCUGCCAUGUGCUUCUUCCUCUCUUGUCGCUGCCAUGUGCUUCUUCCUCUCUUGUCGCUGCCAUGUGCUUCUUCCUCUCUUGUCGCUGCCAUGUGCUUCUUCCUCUCUUGUCGCUGCCAUGUGCUUCUUCCUCUCUUGUCGCUGCCAUGUGCUUCUUCCUCUCUUGUCGCUGCCAUGUGCUUCUUCCUCUCUUGUCGCUGCCAUGUGCUUCUUCCUCUCUUGUCGCUGCCAUGUGCUUCUUCCUCUCUUGUCGCUGCCAUGUGCUUCUUCCUCUCUUGUCGCUGCCAUGUGCUUCUUCCUCUCUUGUCGCUGCCAUGUGCUUCUUCCUCUCUUGUCGCUGCCAUGUGCUUCUUCCUCUCUUGUCGCUGCCAUGUGCUUCUUCCUCUCUUGUCGCUGCCAUGUGCUUCUUCCUCUCUUGUCGCUGCCAUGUGCUUCUUCCUCUCUUGUCGCUGCCAUGUGCUUCUUCCUCUCUUGUCGCUGCCAUGUGCUUCUUCCUCUCUUGUCGCUGCCAUGUGCUUCUUCCUCUCUUGUCGCUGCCAUGUGCUUCUUCCUCUCUUGUCGCUGCCAUGUGCUUCUUCCUCUCUUGUCGCUGCCAUGUGCUUCUUCCUCUCUUGUCGCUGCCAUGUGCUUCUUCCUCUCUUGUCGCUGCCAUGUGCUUCUUCCUCUCUUGUCGCUGCCAUGUGCUUCUUCCUCUCUUGUCGCUGCCAUGUGCUUCUUCCUCUCUUGUCGCUGCCAUGUGCUUCUUCCUCUCUUGUCGCUGCCAUGUGCUUCUUCCUCUCUUGUCGCUGCCAUGUGCUUCUUCCUCUCUUGUCGCUGCCAUGUGCUUCUUCCUCUCUUGUCGCUGCCAUGUGCUUCUUCCUCUCUUGUCGCUGCCAUGUGCUUCUUCCUCUCUUGUCGCUGCCAUGUGCUUCUUCCUCUCUUGUCGCUGCCAUGUGCUUCUUCCUCUCUUGUCGCUGCCAUGUGCUUCUUCCUCUCUUGUCGCUGCCAUGUGCUUCUUCCUCUCUUGUCGCUGCCAUGUGCUUCUUCCUCUCUUGUCGCUGCCAUGUGCUUCUUCCUCUCUUGUCGCUGCCAUGUGCUUCUUCCUCUCUUGUCGCUGCCAUGUGCUUCUUCCUCUCUUGUCGCUGCCAUGUGCUUCUUCCUCUCUUGUCGCUGCCAUGUGCUUCUUCCUCUCUUGUCGCUGCCAUGUGCUUCUUCCUCUCUUGUCGCUGCCAUGUGCUUCUUCCUCUCUUGUCGCUGCCAUGUGCUUCUUCCUCUCUUGUCGCUGCCAUGUGCUUCUUCCUCUCUUGUCGCUGCCAUGUGCUUCUUCCUCUCUUGUCGCUGCCAUGUGCUUCUUCCUCUCUUGUCGCUGCCAUGUGCUUCUUCCUCUCUUGUCGCUGCCAUGUGCUUCUUCCUCUCUUGUCGCUGCCAUGUGCUUCUUCCUCUCUUGUCGCUGCCAUGUGCUUCUUCCUCUCUUGUCGCUGCCAUGUGCUUCUUCCUCUCUUGUCGCUGCCAUGUGCUUCUUCCUCUCUUGUCGCUGCCAUGUGCUUCUUCCUCUCUUGUCGCUGCCAUGUGCUUCUUCCUCUCUUGUCGCUGCCAUGUGCUUCUUCCUCUCUUGUCGCUGCCAUGUGCUUCUUCCUCUCUUGUCGCUGCCAUGUGCUUCUUCCUCUCUUGUCGCUGCCAUGUGCUUCUUCCUCUCUUGUCGCUGCCAUGUGCUUCUUCCUCUCUUGUCGCUGCCAUGUGCUUCUUCCUCUCUUGUCGCUGCCAUGUGCUUCUUCCUCUCUUGUCGCUGCCAUGUGCUUCUUCCUCUCUUGUCGCUGCCAUGUGCUUCUUCCUCUCUUGUCGCUGCCAUGUGCUUCUUCCUCUCUUGUCGCUGCCAUGUGCUUCUUCCUCUCUUGUCGCUGCCAUGUGCUUCUUCCUCUCUUGUCGCUGCCAUGUGCUUCUUCCUCUCUUGUCGCUGCCAUGUGCUUCUUCCUCUCUUGUCGCUGCCAUGUGCUUCUUCCUCUCUUGUCGCUGCCAUGUGCUUCUUCCUCUCUUGUCGCUGCCAUGUGCUUCUUCCUCUCUUGUCGCUGCCAUGUGCUUCUUCCUCUCUUGUCGCUGCCAUGUGCUUCUUCCUCUCUUGUCGCUGCCAUGUGCUUCUUCCUCUCUUGUCGCUGCCAUGUGCUUCUUCCUCUCUUGUCGCUGCCAUGUGCUUCUUCCUCUCUUGUCGCUGCCAUGUGCUUCUUCCUCUCUUGUCGCUGCCAUGUGCUUCUUCCUCUCUUGUCGCUGCCAUGUGCUUCUUCCUCUCUUGUCGCUGCCAUGUGCUUCUUCCUCUCUUGUCGCUGCCAUGUGCUUCUUCCUCUCUUGUCGCUGCCAUGUGCUUCUUCCUCUCUUGUCGCUGCCAUGUGCUUCUUCCUCUCUUGUCGCUGCCAUGUGCUUCUUCCUCUCUUGUCGCUGCCAUGUGCUUCUUCCUCUCUUGUCGCUGCCAUGUGCUUCUUCCUCUCUUGUCGCUGCCAUGUGCUUCUUCCUCUCUUGUCGCUGCCAUGUGCUUCUUCCUCUCUUGUCGCUGCCAUGUGCUUCUUCCUCUCUUGUCGCUGCCAUGUGCUUCUUCCUCUCUUGUCGCUGCCAUGUGCUUCUUCCUCUCUUGUCGCUGCCAUGUGCUUCUUCCUCUCUUGUCGCUGCCAUGUGCUUCUUCCUCUCUUGUCGCUGCCAUGUGCUUCUUCCUCUCUUGUCGCUGCCAUGUGCUUCUUCCUCUCUUGUCGCUGCCAUGUGCUUCUUCCUCUCUUGUCGCUGCCAUGUGCUUCUUCCUCUCUUGUCGCUGCCAUGUGCUUCUUCCUCUCUUGUCGCUGCCAUGUGCUUCUUCCUCUCUUGUCGCUGCCAUGUGCUUCUUCCUCUCUUGUCGCUGCCAUGUGCUUCUUCCUCUCUUGUCGCUGCCAUGUGCUUCUUCCUCUCUUGUCGCUGCCAUGUGCUUCUUCCUCUCUUGUCGCUGCCAUGUGCUUCUUCCUCUCUUGUCGCUGCCAUGUGCUUCUUCCUCUCUUGUCGCUGCCAUGUGCUUCUUCCUCUCUUGUCGCUGCCAUGUGCUUCUUCCUCUCUUGUCGCUGCCAUGUGCUUCUUCCUCUCUUGUCGCUGCCAUGUGCUUCUUCCUCUCUUGUCGCUGCCAUGUGCUUCUUCCUCUCUUGUCGCUGCCAUGUGCUUCUUCCUCUCUUGUCGCUGCCAUGUGCUUCUUCCUCUCUUGUCGCUGCCAUGUGCUUCUUCCUCUCUUGUCGCUGCCAUGUGCUUCUUCCUCUCUUGUCGCUGCCAUGUGCUUCUUCCUCUCUUGUCGCUGCCAUGUGCUUCUUCCUCUCUUGUCGCUGCCAUGUGCUUCUUCCUCUCUUGUCGCUGCCAUGUGCUUCUUCCUCUCUUGUCGCUGCCAUGUGCUUCUUCCUCUCUUGUCGCUGCCAUGUGCUUCUUCCUCUCUUGUCGCUGCCAUGUGCUUCUUCCUCUCUUGUCGCUGCCAUGUGCUUCUUCCUCUCUUGUCGCUGCCAUGUGCUUCUUCCUCUCUUGUCGCUGCCAUGUGCUUCUUCCUCUCUUGUCGCUGCCAUGUGCUUCUUCCUCUCUUGUCGCUGCCAUGUGCUUCUUCCUCUCUUGUCGCUGCCAUGUGCUUCUUCCUCUCUUGUCGCUGCCAUGUGCUUCUUCCUCUCUUGUCGCUGCCAUGUGCUUCUUCCUCUCUUGUCGCUGCCAUGUGCUUCUUCCUCUCUUGUCGCUGCCAUGUGCUUCUUCCUCUCUUGUCGCUGCCAUGUGCUUCUUCCUCUCUUGUCGCUGCCAUGUGCUUCUUCCUCUCUUGUCGCUGCCAUGUGCUUCUUCCUCUCUUGUCGCUGCCAUGUGCUUCUUCCUCUCUUGUCGCUGCCAUGUGCUUCUUCCUCUCUUGUCGCUGCCAUGUGCUUCUUCCUCUCUUGUCGCUGCCAUGUGCUUCUUCCUCUCUUGUCGCUGCCAUGUGCUUCUUCCUCUCUUGUCGCUGCCAUGUGCUUCUUCCUCUCUUGUCGCUGCCAUGUGCUUCUUCCUCUCUUGUCGCUGCCAUGUGCUUCUUCCUCUCUUGUCGCUGCCAUGUGCUUCUUCCUCUCUUGUCGCUGCCAUGUGCUUCUUCCUCUCUUGUCGCUGCCAUGUGCUUCUUCCUCUCUUGUCGCUGCCAUGUGCUUCUUCCUCUCUUGUCGCUGCCAUGUGCUUCUUCCUCUCUUGUCGCUGCCAUGUGCUUCUUCCUCUCUUGUCGCUGCCAUGUGCUUCUUCCUCUCUUGUCGCUGCCAUGUGCUUCUUCCUCUCUUGUCGCUGCCAUGUGCUUCUUCCUCUCUUGUCGCUGCCAUGUGCUUCUUCCUCUCUUGUCGCUGCCAUGUGCUUCUUCCUCUCUUGUCGCUGCCAUGUGCUUCUUCCUCUCUUGUCGCUGCCAUGUGCUUCUUCCUCUCUUGUCGCUGCCAUGUGCUUCUUCCUCUCUUGUCGCUGCCAUGUGCUUCUUCCUCUCUUGUCGCUGCCAUGUGCUUCUUCCUCUCUUGUCGCUGCCAUGUGCUUCUUCCUCUCUUGUCGCUGCCAUGUGCUUCUUCCUCUCUUGUCGCUGCCAUGUGCUUCUUCCUCUCUUGUCGCUGCCAUGUGCUUCUUCCUCUCUUGUCGCUGCCAUGUGCUUCUUCCUCUCUUGUCGCUGCCAUGUGCUUCUUCCUCUCUUGUCGCUGCCAUGUGCUUCUUCCUCUCUUGUCGCUGCCAUGUGCUUCUUCCUCUCUUGUCGCUGCCAUGUGCUUCUUCCUCUCUUGUCGCUGCCAUGUGCUUCUUCCUCUCUUGUCGCUGCCAUGUGCUUCUUCCUCUCUUGUCGCUGCCAUGUGCUUCUUCCUCUCUUGUCGCUGCCAUGUGCUUCUUCCUCUCUUGUCGCUGCCAUGUGCUUCUUCCUCUCUUGUCGCUGCCAUGUGCUUCUUCCUCUCUUGUCGCUGCCAUGUGCUUCUUCCUCUCUUGUCGCUGCCAUGUGCUUCUUCCUCUCUUGUCGCUGCCAUGUGCUUCUUCCUCUCUUGUCGCUGCCAUGUGCUUCUUCCUCUCUUGUCGCUGCCAUGUGCUUCUUCCUCUCUUGUCGCUGCCAUGUGCUUCUUCCUCUCUUGUCGCUGCCAUGUGCUUCUUCCUCUCUUGUCGCUGCCAUGUGCUUCUUCCUCUCUUGUCGCUGCCAUGUGCUUCUUCCUCUCUUGUCGCUGCCAUGUGCUUCUUCCUCUCUUGUCGCUGCCAUGUGCUUCUUCCUCUCUUGUCGCUGCCAUGUGCUUCUUCCUCUCUUGUCGCUGCCAUGUGCUUCUUCCUCUCUUGUCGCUGCCAUGUGCUUCUUCCUCUCUUGUCGCUGCCAUGUGCUUCUUCCUCUCUUGUCGCUGCCAUGUGCUUCUUCCUCUCUUGUCGCUGCCAUGUGCUUCUUCCUCUCUUGUCGCUGCCAUGUGCUUCUUCCUCUCUUGUCGCUGCCAUGUGCUUCUUCCUCUCUUGUCGCUGCCAUGUGCUUCUUCCUCUCUUGUCGCUGCCAUGUGCUUCUUCCUCUCUUGUCGCUGCCAUGUGCUUCUUCCUCUCUUGUCGCUGCCAUGUGCUUCUUCCUCUCUUGUCGCUGCCAUGUGCUUCUUCCUCUCUUGUCGCUGCCAUGUGCUUCUUCCUCUCUUGUCGCUGCCAUGUGCUUCUUCCUCUCUUGUCGCUGCCAUGUGCUUCUUCCUCUCUUGUCGCUGCCAUGUGCUUCUUCCUCUCUUGUCGCUGCCAUGUGCUUCUUCCUCUCUUGUCGCUGCCAUGUGCUUCUUCCUCUCUUGUCGCUGCCAUGUGCUUCUUCCUCUCUUGUCGCUGCCAUGUGCUUCUUCCUCUCUUGUCGCUGCCAUGUGCUUCUUCCUCUCUUGUCGCUGCCAUGUGCUUCUUCCUCUCUUGUCGCUGCCAUGUGCUUCUUCCUCUCUUGUCGCUGCCAUGUGCUUCUUCCUCUCUUGUCGCUGCCAUGUGCUUCUUCCUCUCUUGUCGCUGCCAUGUGCUUCUUCCUCUCUUGUCGCUGCCAUGUGCUUCUUCCUCUCUUGUCGCUGCCAUGUGCUUCUUCCUCUCUUGUCGCUGCCAUGUGCUUCUUCCUCUCUUGUCGCUGCCAUGUGCUUCUUCCUCUCUUGUCGCUGCCAUGUGCUUCUUCCUCUCUUGUCGCUGCCAUGUGCUUCUUCCUCUCUUGUCGCUGCCAUGUGCUUCUUCCUCUCUUGUCGCUGCCAUGUGCUUCUUCCUCUCUUGUCGCUGCCAUGUGCUUCUUCCUCUCUUGUCGCUGCCAUGUGCUUCUUCCUCUCUUGUCGCUGCCAUGUGCUUCUUCCUCUCUUGUCGCUGCCAUGUGCUUCUUCCUCUCUUGUCGCUGCCAUGUGCUUCUUCCUCUCUUGUCGCUGCCAUGUGCUUCUUCCUCUCUUGUCGCUGCCAUGUGCUUCUUCCUCUCUUGUCGCUGCCAUGUGCUUCUUCCUCUCUUGUCGCUGCCAUGUGCUUCUUCCUCUCUUGUCGCUGCCAUGUGCUUCUUCCUCUCUUGUCGCUGCCAUGUGCUUCUUCCUCUCUUGUCGCUGCCAUGUGCUUCUUCCUCUCUUGUCGCUGCCAUGUGCUUCUUCCUCUCUUGUCGCUGCCAUGUGCUUCUUCCUCUCUUGUCGCUGCCAUGUGCUUCUUCCUCUCUUGUCGCUGCCAUGUGCUUCUUCCUCUCUUGUCGCUGCCAUGUGCUUCUUCCUCUCUUGUCGCUGCCAUGUGCUUCUUCCUCUCUUGUCGCUGCCAUGUGCUUCUUCCUCUCUUGUCGCUGCCAUGUGCUUCUUCCUCUCUUGUCGCUGCCAUGUGCUUCUUCCUCUCUUGUCGCUGCCAUGUGCUUCUUCCUCUCUUGUCGCUGCCAUGUGCUUCUUCCUCUCUUGUCGCUGCCAUGUGCUUCUUCCUCUCUUGUCGCUGCCAUGUGCUUCUUCCUCUCUUGUCGCUGCCAUGUGCUUCUUCCUCUCUUGUCGCUGCCAUGUGCUUCUUCCUCUCUUGUCGCUGCCAUGUGCUUCUUCCUCUCUUGUCGCUGCCAUGUGCUUCUUCCUCUCUUGUCGCUGCCAUGUGCUUCUUCCUCUCUUGUCGCUGCCAUGUGCUUCUUCCUCUCUUGUCGCUGCCAUGUGCUUCUUCCUCUCUUGUCGCUGCCAUGUGCUUCUUCCUCUCUUGUCGCUGCCAUGUGCUUCUUCCUCUCUUGUCGCUGCCAUGUGCUUCUUCCUCUCUUGUCGCUGCCAUGGCCCUCUUCUCCUUUCCCCUCCCUCUCCCGGCGACAUUCGCUGUCUUGAGGACCUCACCUACGCGCGUCGCCGCGCCUUCCUCCAGCACCACCCGCUCCCCCCCUCCAUCCCAUGCCUCUCCUUCCACACGCACGCCUCGCGCGAACCAGCAGUCAUUGCCUCCCUCUCCACCAUCACGCACACUGAAAUCCCCUGGCUCGCGCGCACCUCGCAGAAACUCGCGCUCUCCUUCCCCCUCUCCGCCGCCCUGGCUGCACUCUCUCUCUACCUGGAGAACCGGUACGGUGCGGAGAGUGAUGGGCUCGUGACGCGGGCCGAUGCAGAAGUGCCGGGUUCGAUUGUGGUGCGGGCCAAGAGGAAUAUGGACCAUGGGUUCAUGGUGUUCCCGUCGCUCGGGCAGAACCGCAGGGCGAAUGGCGUGGGGGAGGGGGGAGGGGCGGAAGGGGAAGUGGGGAGUGGUGGUGAUGUGGAGGGUGAUGGUGGUGGUGGUAGCGGUGGGGAUGGGAGUUACAGGAGUGGCACGGGUGGUGAGAGCGAUGGGAGUGGUAAUGGUGGUGGCAGUGGCAGCAGUGGUGGCGGUGUGCUGAGUGGCAGCAAGAGCAUGAGUAACAUCAGCAUGAGCAGUGAUAUGCCACGGGGAGCUAAGGGUGCUGCUGCUGCUGUGGGCGGUGCUGUUGCAGCAGCGGCCACGGGGGUUGCGGAGGGCACAAAGGACAUGAUGGGAGGAGGUGGAGAGGAGGAAGAGGAGGUGGAUGCCACGCCUGCUGAGAUCUGUGAAGCCCUGGGAAUGGCGACCACACCGCGGGACAUGGAACUGCGGCUGGUGAACGGCAUGGUGCUGAAGGUGCAGCUGGAAGAGAUGGCGGGCGGCGUGGGGGAGCGCGUGGCGGCGUUGGAGGCGAUGCUGAGGGGGCAGGGCGACGCCAUGGCUGCCAUGCAGCGCGCCAUAACCCACCUCAAGCGGAUGGCGGAGAAGAGUGAGGUGGAGGGGGCGGGAAACGAGAAUGCGUCGGGGGAGGAAGCGGAGGGCACUGGCGCGCAGCUACCGAAAUGCGCGGGGCAGAACAACGCUUCUUCUGCGCUGGAAGUGGGGGAGGUGAAGGCGCAAGUGGAAGCGGCUAGGGCGGAGGCGCGGGACGCGGCGAGUGAGCUGCGCGGGGAGGUGGGCGCGCUGAAGGCAGAGAUUGCGCGGAUGAGGGCUGCGGCGGAGCAGCAGGCAGCGGAGGUGGCGUACGCGAAGGCGACGGCGCCGCACUCGGAGGCGCGCAUCAACGAGGUCGAGCUGGCGCUCGCUGCGCUCAAGGACGGGCGCGCGGAGGAGCAUGCGGGGUCGGAGAGGCGCGAGGGGAAGAGGCGGAAGAGGGACGACGCUGGGGAAAAUGGGGGGAUGGCAGAUGCGUUUAUUGCUAGUGGUGGUGCGGCUGGGGACAAGCAGGACUUGGCGGAAUGGGAUGGCGUCGGAGGAAUUGUUGACACUGUGGCACAAAGUACUUCCAGGCAAGACUCGCAUGGAGCUCAGCGCCAUUCCUGUUCUCAACGACUCUGCUCUCACACAAGUCGCUACCUUUUCCUCUCUAACAUCACUCAACCUUAA